UUCUCAUAUAUUUGCUGAUUAGCAGAACUCUAAAAUUCCCCAUGGCUUCCCAAAUUCAAUCUGCCCAAAAAUGGAAAUUUGAUGUAUUCUUUAAUUUUAGACAGCAGGACUUGGACAAAAGCUUUGUUGCUGAUCUUCACAAACGUCUGAACGACAUAGGAAUCAACGUAUUCAAACCUGAUGUCAACUCUGAAUGGGGAGAACAAAUUUCAACAGAAAUCUUAGAAGCCAUCGAGGAAUCAAGGAUUGCCGUUACCAUCUUUUCCAAGGACUAUACUUCCUCCCCACGGUGCUUGGAAGAACUCACUAAGAUCAUGGAGUGCGUUGACAACAAGGGACAGGAAUUUUUCUUUGUCUUCUAUAAAGUUAAGCCAUCAGAUGGCUUAAGUCCAUUAGGGACUUUUGAGGAAGAUAUCAAGGGUUUUGAUUUGGAGAAGGUGCAGAGGUGGAAGGACGCUCUCCGUAAAGCGGCUGACAUGGCAGGAUUAAAAGAUUAUUUUUCUGGAGCUGAAUUAUCCCAUUGAUGCUGAUUGGGCUGGAUCCAAAAUUGAUAGAAGAUCUACUAUAGGCUAUUGUGUCUUCGUUGGAGGAAACUUAAUAUCAUGGAGGAGCAAGAAGCAAAAUGUUAUCUCUCGAUCCAAUGUUGAAUCUGACUACAGAGCUAUGUCUCAGUCCACAUGUGAGAUUAUUUAGAUACAUAAUCUUUUAACUGAAAUUGGAUUGAAACAUCAUACACCAGCAAAACUUUGGUGUGAUAAUCAGGUUGCUCUUCAUAUUGCCUCAAAUCCGGUGUAUCAUGAAAGAACUAAACAUAUU